UCGUGCAAUGUCUGUAGGAGGCUGAAGAAAGGCCCUUUGUGUGCCCCCCGCGCGGGCGCUGGGCAGCCUCCAGCAGCACCCUCUGCCGCCCCUCGGCUCCGGCCGCCGGCCUCAAUGCGCCGCUUGUCCGGGCACCGGGAUCCACUCUUCGAGCAGGAGCUGGGCUCCCCCAGUUAGUGCCACCGCUGGCCCCGGCGGGCCGGGCACGGCUCGGGGGGGCCCGGCUGCAGCCCCAGGAUGUUUCUGUACCGGAGAAAGAGGGGAGCCUACGAGCUGGAGGCUUUGCCCGCUGGGCUGGCGGGGCUGGAGUGUGGGGCGGUGGAGCGCUUCUCCUGGAGCUCCAGCCUGGACAGCGGCGAGGAGCUCGGGGCUGAGCUGUGUCCAUUGGAGCAGACGGUGCUACGCUGCCAGAACCCCAACUGCACCGGCGACAGGACAGCGGCCAAGGUAUGCCACCACGUGGAGUGCCGCCAGCUGAGCCGCAGCGGCCCCCUCAGCCUGUGUGAGCUCUGCGACAGCCACCUGCACGGCGCCAUGCACUUCGACAGCCACAUCCGCUUCAACCUGCCCCCGCAAGGCUCCAUCCUGGCCCGCAACAUGUCAACACGCUCCUGCCCGCCACGCACCAGCCCUGCCUCCGACUUGGAUGAGGAGGAUGAGGGUCCUGUGGACAGCAGAGGGGAGCGGAGGAGCUCGGCGCUGAAGCUGCCCAAGAAGAAGGCUCGGCGCAGGCACACAGACGACCCCAGCAAGGAAUGUUUCACCCUGAAGUUCGACCUCGGCGUCAACAUUGAGGCGGAGAUUGUGCCGGCCCUGAAGAAGAAGUCCCUGGGGGAGGUUCUGCUGCCAGUCUUUGAGAGGAAGGCAAUCGAGCUGUGCAAGGUGGACAUCUUCCUGGACCAGUCCCACACACCGCUGUCCCUGCAGUUCGAGGCGUUCCGCUUCGGGGGGCACCACCUGCAGGUGAAAGCCAAGCCUGGGGAUGAACUGAAGCUGGAGCAGGCAGCGCGGGAUGCCAGGUCAGUCAGCCUGCCCAUCCUGUGCCCUGCCAGCACCGCAGUGCUCCUCGGACCAGAGGCAGUGCCAGGAUGCCAGGAGGGUGCCAACAGCCUGGCUCCGGGCCGGCGGAGGAAGAACAUGACGGAGUUCCUGGGGGACAGCAGCAUCCCCAGCCCCGAGCUGGCCCCGCACGGCGGUGGCUCCCUGCCUGCCAAUGGCACUGACACUUGGAAGAACCGCGCUGCCAGCCGCUUCAGCGGCUUCUUCGGCUCUGGCACCAGCACCGGAUCCUUCGGGCGGGAGUCGGAGAAGCUGGAGCAGCUGAUGAGCAGACUGCACGCCUACGGCACCUUCGGGCUGCCCAAGCUGCCCCCCCAGCUGCGCUUUGACCGCGACUCCUGGGAGGAGGACGGGGACGAGGCUGGGCUGGCGCUGGAGGACAGCUGGCAGCAGAUCAUCCAGGGUGCAGAGGCCCUGUCACGUCGGCAGUGCCACCAGCAGGAAGCCAUCUGGGAGCUGCUGCACACCGAGGCCACCUACAUCCGCAAGCUCAAAGUCAUCACAGACCUCUUCCUCUGCUGCCUGCUGAACCUGCAGGAGUCUGGGCUGCUCUGUGAGGUGGACGCCGAGCGGCUCUUCAGCAACAUCGGCGACAUCAUCCGGCUGCACCGGCAGCUGUGGCGCGGCGUCAUGGCCCCGGUGCUGGCCAAGGCGCGGCGGACCGGGGCUCUGCUCAGCCCCAUCGACUUCCUUGAUGGCUUCAAGAUGUUCGGCUCCCUCUUCAAGCCCUACGUGCGCUACUGCAUGGAGGAGGAGGGCUGCAUGGAAUACAUGCGGGCGCUGCUGCGGGACAGCGAGCUCUUCCGCGCCUACCUGACGUGGGCCGAGAAGCACGAGCAGUGCAGCCGCCUGAAGCUGAGCGAUAUGCUGGUCAAGCCCCACCAGCGUCUCACCAAGUACCCCCUGCUGCUCAAGUCCGUGCUGAAGAAGACCGACGACCCACGUGCCCGUGAUGCUAUCACCACCAUGAUCGGCUCUGUGGAGCACUUCAUCAACGAUGUCAACUCACGCAUGCGGCAGCGGCAGGAGCGGCAGCGCCUGGCAGCCAUCCUCAGCCGCAUCGAUGCUUACGAGGUGGUGGAGGGAAGCACGGACGAGGUGGACAAGCUGUUGAAGGAGUUCCUGCGGCUGGAUCUGACAGCCCCCAUCCCUGGCACCUCGACAGAGGACACCAGGCAGCUCCUCCUGGAGGGCAGCCUGCGGAUGCGGGAGGGUAAAGACAGCAAGAUGGAUGUUUACUGCUUCCUCUUCACUGACCUCUUCCUCAUCACCAAGCCUCUCAAGAAGGCUGAGCGCACCAAGGUGGUCCGGCAGCCCUUGCUGGUGGACAAGGUGGUCUGCCGGGAGCUCAGGGACACAGGCUCCUUCCUCCUCAUCUACCUGAACGAGCUGGGCAGCGCCGUGGCCGCCUACACUUUCCAAGCCAGCGGGCAGUCGCUGUGCCGCAGCUGGGUCGAGGCUGUGCGCAAUGCCCAGGUGAGUUGCGCGGGGGGGUGGCUGGCGGGCCCCCAGGCACCCUGUGGCUCUCUGACGCCUCCCCCUCCCCAGAACCUGCUGCAGCGGCUGCGGCAGCGCCGGCGCCUGGAGGAGGCAGAGGGGGAGGAGGAGGAUGGCGAGAGCAGCGCUUCGGCCGCCAGUUCACCCACGGUCCGCCGCCACGGCAGCACCAGCUCGGACUCACAGCAGUGCCCCUCCAGUGGCUCCACCGAGACCCUCGCCGUGGUGGCAGUGGAUUGUGGUGAUGAGCUCUCCUCCCCAGACUGGGAUGCGGGGCCCUUCAUCUCCGCCUCGGAUGGCUCCUCUGUGGGCACCAGCACCUCCAUCAGCACUGGCACCUCUGCCGACACCCCCACCUCGGCUGAGACCCCCACCCAGGAGCUGCCGGCAGGAGCUCUGCCGGUACCCCUGCCCCACGGGGCAGACCCUGCUGCCAGCGGCUGCCGCUCAUCCUCUAUCGACAGCGCCUACGGCACCCUGUCCCCCACCUCCCUGCGGGACUUCGGCCAGCAGCCAGAGGGGGUGGCUGAUGAGGGCCGGCAGCCCCCCUUGGCAGCCCCAGCUCCACAUCCCUCCUCACCCCGGCUGCGCCGCCGGACACCUGUGCAGCUGCUGCCCUGCCCAGCCAGGGUGCUCAAGUCCAAGUCUGAGGCCAACUUGCCCCAGCUCGUGCCCCCUGGCUCCCCAGCCCCCCUCAGCCAGAGCCGAAGCCUCUCUGACCUCUGUGCCGGCUCCCCCUGGACUAGCCAAGCCCCAGGACUCCUGGCUGCCCCCGGCAGCAGCAGCAGCUCCACCUCCGAGCUCUCGGAGCCGGAAGAGCCAGGGGAGAGUCCUGUGUCCUUCCCAGGGGAGCUCAGCUGCAGACCCCUGCCCACUGCACACCGGACCCUCUCGGACCCCCAGGCGGCACAGCACCGCAAGCUGACGAUGGCGCAGCUCUACCGGAUCCGGACCACGCUGCUGCUCAACUCCACGCUGACCGCCUCGUAA